CGAUAAAAGAAAACAUUGCACACAUCUUUUGUCAGCAAAUGAAUCAUACGUAUUUGGACAUUCGUUUAUAUAGAGACAAAAAAUAUACUUUACUCUAAAUUAUUUGGUUAAUUAGCAGUCGUUGUGUUAAGACAACUUAAUAAAUUCCUUCUAUUUGGUUAUUUUUUAGUUUAACAAUGUCUUCUCGUAAAACCGCCGGACGACGUGCUACCACAAAAAAGCGAGCACAACGCGCCACAUCCAAUGUGUUCGCUAUGUUCGAUCAGGCACAAAUUGCCGAGUUUAAAGAAGCUUUUAAUAUGAUCGAUCAGAAUCGAGAUGGUUUUGUGGAAAAGGAGGAUUUGCAUGAUAUGUUAGCGUCUCUAGGAAAAAAUCCAACAGACGAAUAUUUAGAAGCGAUGAUGAACGAAGCACCCGGACCUAUAAAUUUUACAAUGUUCCUUACCUUAUUUGGGGAACGUCUACAAGGAACAGAUCCAGAAGAUGUAAUUAAAAAUGCUUUUGGUUGCUUCGAUGAGGAAAACAACGGUGUAUUACCCGAGGAUCGACUGCGCGAGCUAUUGACCACAAUGGGAGAUCGUUUUACUGAUGAGGAUGUCGACGAAAUGUAUCGUGAAGCACCUAUCAAACACGGUCUGUUUGAUUAUAUAGAGUUCACUAGAAUUCUUAAACACGGUGCCAAAGAUAAAGAUGAGCAAUAAAGCUUGUAAGCAGACUUCCACAUUCCUCAUACACGUCUAUUUGAACAAAUUAAACUUGAUGCUUAUUUUCUUUAAAUAUAUAAUUACUUCAUCCAUUUCGUUGCGACCGUAAAGUGUAAGAAGGCGCGAAAAAUUAGAAUAGCAUUACCUUUGUGCAUGCAAGUUUUUACAAGUAUUAUAUAUAAAUAACAGUAAAGUGUAAUUUUUUAUAAUUAAAAUUGGUUACAAACACAUUAAAUGAGAUUUUUCUAUCAUCUGCAAUAAAUAGUUUUUAAAAUUAUAA